GAUCACGAGCUCUUGGUCGAACGACCUUGGUGACAUUCCGCGGACAUUUGCGACGUUCACCUCCUGGACAGGCGUACAGCUGAGAGUUCGAGAGGUUCGACCGAUCGAAGUCGUUAAUCGAGCCGUGUUCGCGACCGCAGCCGAUGAAGCGUCGCGAGGGCUGAAAGGAAAUCGACCGAUCCGACCGCACGACCCAGGGGCACGCAGGUGAACGAGAUGCCCUCCGCCGUGCAGAUGUGCACGGGAGUGCUGCGGCGCGCCGGCGCCCUACGUCGGCGCCUGCUCCCCGCGGAGCCUCCCGGGCGCCACGUACAGGUUAGGGCGGCGAGCUCGCGCAUCGUACACACGGUGGCGCAGACCAACUGGGUGGCUAACCGGGACGAGAGCCGAGAGAUGAUGGCCGUGUGGCCUGACGUGGUGCGCGACCUGACGGACGCCGGUCGGCACCUCGACAUCCCUGACGCCACCAAGUGGAUGGCCAAGGUGCUACAGUACAACACGCCUGGAGGGAAGAAGCACCGGGGCUUGUCGUUGGUUUACGCUUACAGGAAGCUGGCCCCGGCAGAAGAGCUGACGGAGGAGAACGUCCGGCUGGCCAGGAUCCUUGGAUGGUGCACGGAAUUGUACCAGGCAUUCUUCCUGCUGGAGGAUGAUAUCAUGGAUGGCUCGACGACCAGGCGCAACCAGCCCUGCUGGUACCUGCACAAUGGCAUUGGCCUGGCAGCUAUCAACGACGGCCUCCUCCUCGAACAAGCUGUCUAUCAGCUGCUGCGGAUGCACUUCAAGGGAAAGCCGUGUUACCUGGACCUCCUGGAGACUUUCCAUGAUAUCACCUUGAAAACCACCAUGGGUCAAUCCCUGGACCUGCUAUCCACAAACUUCGGGAAGAAGCCCAACCUGGACCUCUUCACCAUGGACCGAUAUAAUGCCAUCGUCAAGUAUAAGACUGCAUACUAUUCCUUCGUGAUGCCUGUCAUCCUGGCCAUGUACUUUGCUGGAGUCACUGACCCAGAGAUGCACCGCCAAGCCAAGACGAUCCUCCUGGAGAUGGGCCACUUCUACCAGGUACAGGAUGACUUCCUGGACUGCUAUGGGGACCCUGAGAUCACGGGGAAAUUCGGCACCGAUAUUCGUGACGGGAAGUGCUCCUGGCUCAUCGUAGUCGCCCUGCAGCGAGCCACUCCCUCCCAGAAGAGCAUCCUCCAGGAAUGCUAUGGAUGCGACGAUCCAGGAAAGAUCGGAAGAGUUAAACAACUCUACAACGAUCUGGGGCUGCCCACGACCUACACCAUCUACGAGGAGGAGAGCUACAACCUGAUGAACACCCAUAUUCAACAGAUAUCACGGGGCUUGCCACAUGAUCUCUUCUUCAAGUUCUUGGAGAGGAUCUAUCACAGGGAUUCCUAGACAAGACCUACUCGAGGUGGAGGCAUAUUAUUCCCACAGAUGUCUUCGCGUUUUAAGGCGACAUGAAAGUCGCAUCCGAGAGGUCUCUCGUUUAUGCAACUUUUCUCCAAACUGGAAAUAUUAAAUCGUUUGAAAUUUCACCACAUGAAUGUGGAAACCCUGAGGAAGGUCUCGAUACCUGUGAAAUGUCCAUUUUUUCUUACAUUUUUUUAUAAACAUUUUUCACUUUUAUAGAAAAUAAUAUCUCAUAGUUGUCGAGACCUUCCUUAGGGUCUCCGUUUUUACAUGGUGAAAUUUCAAACGAUUCUGUGUAUAUUAUUAGGAAAAAAGUUUCAUAAACGAUCGACUACUUAGAUGCCACUUUUGUGCCGCCCUUAUUAUUAAUGAUUAAUUAUUAACCAGAAGUUAUAGACUCUGGUCGUGACUGCUCGCACAUUUUUUUUAAAUUCCCGCCGAGUUGGACGCGACCGAGGCAUUCCUCGACUCGAACUUCAUGUCGAAUCAAUGUUUAAAUGCGCAUUUUUGUGUAUACGACCUUUUAUACUUUAUAAUCUUUGUACCGUGUAAUCGUUCUACUUGAAUCUUACCGCUGGAACGUGGUAAAGGGUGUUUUUUAAAUCUCUCCUCCGUGUAUGAAUAAAUGAAGGAGACAUUACCCAUC